AUGUUCCUCUCACUGUCAAGUAAAAGGAAGUAAGAAGCAGCUCCGAUCAGCUCUUUCUCCUUGUUUUACUAUCUGUUUUUCGGUUUGGUUUUUAAGCGUCAGGAAAAAUACCCUGAAGUUUGAUGACUUUUCCGUCGUGGAUUUUGAGGCGCAGCGAUUUACUCAGUAACGAAUGAAAAUCUGCUUCAGACUCCGCAACCCUGGAAAGCAGUUGCUUUUUCUCUUGUUGUUGAUUGUGGUAUUUUGCGGUCUGGUCAUAUAUGUGAAAGUUACCGAUGAUGAUAACGACAUUAAAUAUAAUGAAACCACCCUAACAAAUAUUCAGUGGAGUUUCACUGAACAAAAUGAAAUCAACUGUUCGGAUAUUUAUGAGAUGGACCCUGUUGCUUUGGGCAAGUCUUUGAAACUCAGAAAGAAAAUCCCACCCAUGCCAAAUGACAAGGUCAUUGUGAAUGUAACUUUGGACUGUGAACAAUUUUUGGCAAUAAGGAGGUACAAUGAAGUCCAGGUAUCAGAGCAAGAACUCAACUUUCCACUUGCUUACUCUCUGGUGGUGCACAAAGAUGCAUACUUGGUGGAGCGGCUCCUGCGUGCCAUUUAUGCCCCACACAACAUAUAUUGCAUCCACUAUGACCUGAAAUCAGCAUCUGCUUUCACUGAAGCGAUACGUGGUCUGGCACGCUGCAUUCCAAAUGUCUUUGUGGCUUCACAGUUAGAGACGGUGCAGUACGCGGGCAUCUCACGCCUCCGUGCUGACCUCAACUGCCUCUCUGAUCUCCUAAACUCCAAGAUCCACUGGAGAUAUGCCAUCAACUUAUGUGGCCAGGAUUUUCCACUCCGUUCCAAUGCAGAACUUGUAUCAGAGCUUAAGGCCCUAAAAGGUAUGAACAUGCUCGAGACAGUCCGUCCCAGUAAAUACAAAGAGCAGCGCUUCACUUACCACUUUAGGCUCAAAGAUGUACAAUUUCAGUAUCUUGCCUCUCCAGUCAAAACAGGUGAGAAGAAACAGCCUCCACCUCAUAACAUUGAGAUGUUUGUGGGCAGUGCUUACUUUGUUCUCUCCAGAGAAUUUGUAAACUUUGUGCACUGGAGUCCUCUGGUAAAAGACUUUCUAACUUGGUCUUAUGACACAUAUUCACCUGAUGAACAUUUCUGGGCCACCUUGAUUCGCAUCCCUGGAGUCCCUGGUGAGAUCAAAAGGUCGGACCCAGACAUUUCGGACCUGAUGAGCAGAACAAGGCUGGUGAAAUGGCAAUACCUGGAGGGGAAGCUUUAUCCAGCAUGCACAGGGGUACAUGUACACAGCGUGUGUAUUUAUGGUUCUGCCGAGCUCCGGUGGCUACUCAAUGAUGGACACUGGUUUGCCAAUAAGUUUGAUCUGAAGGUAGACCCAGUGAUUGUUGAAUGUCUUGAAAGGAACCUGAUUGAGAGGUAACACAGUAACUGGAUAAUUUUUACUGGGACUUUGUAUAUGCUCCUAUACUGACCGAUUCUGCUAGAAAAAAAGUUUAUCUUAUGAAUUUGCUAUUUUUUCUAAAAUGGUGAGAAUGUACUUUUAAGGAUCAAGAUUUUUCAAUUUAGGGGUCUAAAAUUUCUGGCAAUUUCUAGACAUUCAGUUUUUUAUACAUAUUAUUAUCCUCUAGGAUCAUGGUGCCACAUUUAAGGCAAUGCAAGACUCAGUACACAAUAGUGCAAAUUAAGCUUCAUCUAUGAUGCAUAAAUGUGGGAGCCAAAGCCAUGUGUAAUUUUGUCCAUGACAAGUAUAAAAUUUUGUAGCUGGAAAGCACUGAAAUGACUCUGAUGUUUGCCAGUGUGUUUUUUUGACAGUUUGUUUUUAAAUGAUAUCCAUCCUGACAACUACAGUUCAAGCUAAAAUGAACUUCCUAUUGGUUGUUGUACUUAGCACUGAAGUCGUGUUCAAUACUGGAUGUUCAAUUCAAUUAAAUUUACAUGUUUCCAGAUCUAAAUUUUGCAUUUUUUAAUCUAUACCUAAUGUGCAAGCCAGAAAUGAUGGGAAAUAAAAGAAAUCCAUACUAAUCUGGAUGUAACCCAAAAGUGCAACUGUAAAUAUUUUAUAUUUUUAUAUUUAAUAUUAAAUAUAUUUGUCCAUAUGUGUGCAUAGUGAGAACAUGGUCACAUGUGUGCAUAGUGAGAACAUGGUCACAUGUGUGCAUAGUGAGAACAUGGUCACAUGUGUGUAUAGUGAGAACAUGGUCACAUGUGUGCAUAGUGAGAACAUGGUCACAUGUGUGCAUAGUGAGAACAUGGUCAACACUGCAAAAUGGCUGCAGGCACAACAAUUUCCAGCAGUAUAUAAUGCGCUAAAGGUAUUAAGACCAAAUACGUAAAGUUAGCUUUUAUUAUUUAUGACUAAAUUAUUCUUAGGGUGGUUGCAAUUUAUGUUUUACAAAUGUAUAAAGUUCAAUCUAUCCGAAUAUCGAUUUAUGUGAUUCAUUUUCAGCUUUUAGUCACUUUCUCUCAACACUGAGUUUGAGUUAAUUUAGUAAUAAAUGGAAGAAUAUUGCUUGAAAAAUAAACUUUGUGACUGUACUUGUA